AUGUUGCAACUGUGUUGUCUGUGUGUGUUUGUGUGUGUGUGCUGUGUUGUCUCUGUGUGUGCUGUGUCAGUGGGCUCGGUGUGCUGCAGCUAUGCAGGGAGACACACCAACUGCAGAGAGUACUGCCAGGCCAUCUUCCGGACAGACUCCUCCCCCACCGUCUCGCAAAUCAAGGCCGUCAAGGAAUACUGCCAGAGCAUCAGCCCCGAGCUCAUUGGCUGUGUGGGCAACUACACCAUGUCCUACCCAAUCAGGAGCCCCAUAGACAGUGAGUAUAGCUCAUACUGACCUAUCGGCUGCCCCAUAGACAUUGUGUAUAUCAAAUACUGACCUAGCAGCAUCCCAUUAGACAGUGAGUAAAUCAAAUACUGACCUAUCAGCAGCCCCAUAGACAUUGAGUAUAUCAAAUACUGACCUAUCAGCAGCCCCAUAUACAUUGAGUAGGCCUAUGGCCAAAUACUAAUCUAUCAGUACCCAACUUGACAUAUCCAGUGUGUAUCUUCUUUCUGUGUUGCAUUCCUCCAAUCACUGGCUAUCACUUGGUACAGUCCAUUCGGAAAGUAUUCAGACCCCUUGACUUUUUCCACAUUUUGUUACGUUACAGCCCUAUUCUAAAAUUGAUUCAAUUGUAUUUUUUCCCCCAUCAUCAACCUACACACAAUUCCCCAUAAUGACAAAGCAAAAACUGGUUUUUAGACAUUUUUGCAAAUGUAUUAAAAAUACAAAACUGAAAUAUCACAUUUACAUAAGUAUUCAGACCCUUUACUCAGUACUUUGUUGAAGCACCUUUGGCAGUGAGUCUUCUUGGGUACGACGCUACAAGCUUGGCAUACCUGUAUUUGGGGAGUUUCUCCUAUUCUUCUCUGCAGAUCCUCUCAAGCUCUGUCAGGUUGGAUGGGGAGCGUCGCUGCACAGCUAUUUUCAGGUCUCUCCAGAGAUGUUUGAUCGUUUUCAAGUCCGUACUCUGGCUGGGCCCCUCAAGGAUAUUCAGAAACGUGUCCUGAAGCCACUCCUGCAUUGUCUUGGCUGUGUGCUUAGGGUCGUUGUCCUGUUGGAAGGUGAACCUUCGCCCCAGUCUGAGGUCCUGAGCGCUCUGGAGCAGGUUUUUGUCAAGGAUCUCUCUGCACUUUUGCUCUGUUCAUCUUUCCCUCGAUCCUGACUAGUCUCCCAGUCCCUGCCGCUGAAAAAUAUCCCCACAGCAUGAUGCUGCCAUCAGCGUGCUUCACCGUAGGGAUGGUGCCAGGUUUCCACCAGACGUGACACUUGGCAUUCAGGCCAAAGAGUUCAAUCUUGGUUUCAUCAGACCAGAGAAUCUUGUUUCUCAUGGUCUGAGUAUUUUAGGUGCCUUUUGGCAAACUCCAAGCGGGCUGUCAUGUGCCUUUUACUGAAGAGUGGCUUCCGUCUGGCCACUCUACCAUAAAGGCCUGAUUGGUGGAGUGAUGCAGAGAUGGUUGUCCUUCUGGAAGGUUCUCCCAUCUCCACAGAGGAACUCUGGAGCUCUGUCAGGAUGACCAUCGGGUUCUUGGUCAACUCCCUGACCAAGGCCCUUCUCCCCCGAUUGCUCAGUUUGGCUGGGCGGCCAGUUCUAGGAAGAGUCUUGGUGGUUCCAAAUUUCUUCAAUUUAAGAAUGAUGGAGACCACUGUGUUCUUGGGGACCUUCAGUGCUGCAGAAAUGUUUUGCUACCCUUCCCCAGAUCUGUCCCUCGACACAAUCCUGUCUCAGAGCUCUACGGACAAUUCCUUCGACCUCAUGACUUGGUUUUUGAAACAGGAUGCACCUAAGCUCAAUUUCGAGUCUCAUAGCAAAGGGUCUGAAUACUUAUGUAAAUAAGGUAUUUCUGUUUUUGCAAAACAUUCUGAAAACCUGUUUUUGCUUUGUCAUUAUGGGGCAUUGCGUGUAGAUUGAUGAGGAACAAUUAAAUUUAAUCAAUUUUAGAAUAUGCUGUAACGUAACAAAAUGUGGAAAAAGUCAAGGGGUCUGAACACUUUCCGAAUGCAUUGUAUAUCCAUCCAUCCAUCUGUCCGUCCAGGCCUGUACUGCUGCGACCGGGCCGAUGAGCCCCACUGCCAGGUGGCAUGCCGGCGCAUCCUGCGCACCAUGACCACAGAGCACGAGAUUAUGGAGGGCCUGAUCGAUGAGUGUGGCAGCCAGCCACUGCCCCAGGACCCGCUGUGGCAGUGCUUCCUGGGCAGCGCUCACCCCCCCACCAAAAGGGAGACGGAGACCUCACCUACCGCCAAGAUGGACGGCGCCAAGCUGCACUGCUGCUCCAAAGCCAAUACCUCACUGUGCCGGUUAGUUGGUCAUUGUACUCUGAUGAGAUGCUUGUAGUGAUUACAAUGGCUUACAGCUACAGAGCGGUAACGCUCCCAGCCAGUCACAAACUGCUCCCCACCGGAGACCAGGGUUCAAUCUCUGCGUCCACCCUUCCUAAGUUGUCCCACUUGCCUGUCUCCCCCUCUGUUUCCAACUUUCUGAAUAAAGUGUAAAAGGUAACUCCCGAGUGGCACAGCGGUCCUAGGCACUGCAUCGCAGGCGUCAGUACAGACCCUGGUUCGAUCCCAGGCUGUGUCGUGACCGGGAGACCCAUGAGGCGGCGCACAGUGUUUCCUCUAACACAUUGGUGCUUCUGGGUUAAGCGAGCAGUGUGUAAAGAAGCAGUGCGGCUUGGCGGGGUCGUGUUUCGGAGGACAACCUUCACCUCUCCCAAGUCAGUACGGGAGUUUCAGCAAUGGGACAAGACUGUAACUAUCAAUUGGGGAGAAAAAGGGGGUAAAAGUAAAAAUAGAAUAUAUAUAUAUAUAUAUAUAUAUAUAUAUAUAUAUAUAUAUAUAUAUAUAUAUAUAUAUACUAACCCCCCCCCCCCCCAAAAAAAGGUAAAUAUACAGUUGAAGUCGGAAGUUUACAUACACCUUAGCCAAAUCCAUUUAAACACAGUUUUUCACAAUUCCUGACAUUUAGUCCUAGUAAACAUUUGCUGUUUUAGGUCAGUUAGGAUCAUCACUUUAUUUUAAGAAUGUGAAAUGUCUGAAUAAUAGUAGAGAGAAUGAUUUAUUUCAGCUUUUAUUUAUUUCAUUACAUUCCCAGUGGGUCAGAAGUUUACAUACACUCAAUUAGUAUUUGGUAGCAUUGCCUUUAAAUUGUUUAAAUUGGGUCAAACAUUUCAGGUAGCCUUCUACAAGCUUCCCACAAUAAGUUGGGUGAAUUUUGGCCCAUUCCUCCUGACAGAGCUGGUGUAACUGAAUCAGGUUUGUAGACCUCCUUGCUCGCACACGCUUUUUCAGUUCUGCCCACAAAUGCUCUAUAGGAUUGAGGUCAGGGCUUUGUGAUGGCCACUCCAAUACCUUGACUUUGUUGUCCUUAAGCCAUUGUGCCACAACGUUGGAAGUAUGCUUGGGGUCAUUGUCCAUUUGGAAGACCCAUUUGCGACCAAUUUUUAACUUCCUGUGAGAGUGUGAUUUGAAGGAGUCAGGCGCAGGAGGGUAAAUCACCGAAUACAGAGUUGAUUCCGUAGUACACAGUUGCGCUGGAUAGCGUCAACAGCACAGGGCGUAAUACAGGCGCACUGGAACACAAUACAGGCACACGGGGAGAAAUAACCCCGGCAAUACAAAGUAUGAGUAUCUCAACCGAGCUACACUCAUCUUCACAUAAAACAAUCACCCACAAGGACAAGGGGGCAGAGGGAACACUUAUACACAGAUUAAUGAGGGGAUAUGAACCAGGUGUGUGUAUUUGACAAGACAAGACAAAUGGAAUGAUGAUAUAUGGAGCAGCAGUGGCUAGUAAGCCGGUGACGACGAACGCCGAAACCUGCCUGAACAAGGAGGGGAGGCAGCCUCGGCGGAAGUCGUGACAGUACCCCCCCCCCCCCCCCCCCCCCCCACCCCCCCCUAGACGCGCAGCUCCAGCAGCGUACCGACCCCAGCUUGUGGGGUGUGUUCUACCUUGGACUUCACGUUUAGUUUCCUUUGUUGUUUUGUUGUGUGUUUAAAGUUUAAUAAACAUGUACGCAUAUCACGCUGCGCCUUGGUCUGACCCGUCAUUCAACGAACGUGACAGAAGAUCCCACCAAACGAGGACCAAGCAGCGUGCCCAGGCGGAUCGAAUAGCCAUGUCACAGGUGGGCAAAUUGUGGUCAUGGGAAGAGAUAUUUGCGGGGAGAGGACCAUGGGCUAAGGUAGAUGCCCAGGCAGGAGAGGUGCAACGGCAACACGGAGGAGGCCGGUCGAGGAGGAAGCCCGAGAAGCAGCCCCAAGAAACAUUUCUGGGGGGGAACACGGGGUGGUUGGCGGAGCCUAGUGUCAGAGCAGAGCCAACUCCCCGUACUCACGCGAGGAAGCAUAUGACUGGGCAGGCUCUGUGUUAUGCGGAGCUACGUACUGUACGUCCUGUGCUUGCACCACGCACAUGCCGUGCGAAGAUGGGUAUCCAGCCAGGACGGGGUGUGCCGGCUCAACGGUCCUGGUCUCCAGUACGCCUCCUCGGUCCCGCAUAUCCUGCGCCAGUUCUACGAACUGUAUCGCCAGUGCGCGUGCACAGCCCAGUGCGUCCUGUGCUGAUGCCUCACACAUACUGUGCGGAAGUAGGCAUUCAGCCAGGACGGGUUGUGCCAGCUCUCCGCUCCAGACCUCUAGUCCGCCUCCACAGUCCGGCCCGGCCUGUUCCUGCUCCUCGCUCCAAGCCAGUGGUGCGCGUCGCCAGCCUGGCCCGGCCUGUUCCUGCUCCUCGCACCAAUUCAGUGGUGCGCGUCGCCAGCCCGGCCCGGCCAGUUCCUGCUCCUCGCACCAAGCCAGUGGUGCGCGUCGCCAGCCCGGCCCGGCCUGUUCCUGCUCCUCGCACCAAGCCAGUGGUGCGCGUCGCCAGCCCGGCCCGGCCUGUUCCUGCUCCUCGCACCAAGCCAGUGGUGCGUGUCGCCAGUCCGGCCCGGCCUGUUCCUGCUCCUCGCACCAAGCCAGUGGUGCGCGUCGCCAGUCCGGCCCGUUCCUGUCCCUCGCACCAAGACAGUGGUGCGUGUUCCUAGUCCAGUCAGGCCCGUGCCUGCUCCUCGCACCAGACCAGUGGUGCGUUUGUCCAGUCCGGCACGGCCCGUGCCCGUUCCACCGGUGCCGGUCAGCUGCUCCACUCCGGAGCCAGAGCAGUCCGCUCCACCGGUGCCUGAUCCAGCUUCGGUCAGCGGCUCCACUCCGGAGCCAGAGCAGUCCGCUCCACCGGUGCCCAGUCCAGCUCCGGUCAGCAGCUCCAGUCCAGAUCAUGACGUCAGCCCCUCUCCAGGUUCGGGGUCUCCCACACCAGGGUCCAGACAGGGCCUGGCGUAUCGUGGGAGGAAGGAGAGGGGAAGCAGCGCGCCGAGGUCCAGACCAGACCAGGGGCGCAACAGGGAGGCGGAGAGUGAGAGGUCGUCACGCCCCGAGCCGGAUCCGCCUCCGAGGCGGAAUGCCCACCCGGCCCCUACCCUGUUAUGUUUAUGUUGUGCGGUCGGAGUCCGCACCUUUGGGGGGGGGGAGGUACUGUCACGCCCUGACUCAGGGGACGCUUAUAUGUUGAGUCAGGGUGUGUAUAUUCCUUGUUGUGCUUUUUCUAUGUUGUCGAUCUAGUAGGUGUGGAUCUAUGUUGGCCGGUGUGGUUCCCAAUCAGAGGCAGCUGUCGCUCGUUGUCUCUGAUUCGGUACCAUACUUAAGCAGCCUAUUGGCACUGUCUAGUUGUGGGAUCUUGUUCCUUGUAAGGUAUGUUGUGUGUUCUACCUUGGACUUCACGUUUCGUUUCCUUUGUUGUUUUGUCGUGUGUUUAAAGUUUAAUAAACAUGUACGCAUAUCACGCUGCGCCUUGGUCUGACCCGUCAUUCAACGAACGUGACAGGCUGUAAGUAAGCAUUUCACGGUAAUGUCUACACCUGUUGUAUUCGGCGCAUGUGGCAAAUACGAUUUCAUUUGAUUUGGUCAUUAUGGCCAAACAGUUCUAUUUUUGUUUAAUCAGAACAGAGGACAUUUCUCCAAAAAGUACGAUCUUUGUCCCCAUGUGCAGUUGCAAACCAUAGUCUGGCUAUUUUAUGGCGGUUUUGGAGCAGUGGCUUCUUCCUUGCUGAGCGGCCUUUCAGGUUAUGUCGAUAUAGGACUCAAUUUACUGUGGAUAUAGAUACUUUUGUACCUGUUUCCUCCAGCAUCUUCACAAGGUCCUUUGCUGUUGUUCUGGGAUUGAUUUACACUUUUCACUCCAAAGUACGUUCAUCUCUAGGAGACAGAACGCGUCUCCUUCCUGAGCGGUAUGACGGCUGCGUGGUCCCAUGGUAUUUAUACUUGGCUACUAUUGUUUGUACAGAUGAACGUGGUACCUUCAGGCGUUUGGAAAUUGCUCCCAAGAAUGAACCAGACUUGUGGAGGUCUACAAUAAUUUUUUAGAAGUUCUUGGUUGAUUUCUUUUGAUUUUCCCGUGAAAUCAAGCAAAGAGGCACUGAGUUUGAAGGUAGGCCUUGAAAUACAUCCACAGGUACACCUCCAAUUGACUCAAAUUAUGUCAAUUAGCCUAUCAGAAGCUUCUAAAGCCAUGACAUCAUUUUCUGGAGUUUUCCAAGUUGUUUAAAGGCACAGUCAACUUAGUGUAUGUAAACUUCUGACCCACUGGAAUUGUGAUACAGUGAAUUAUAAGUGAAAUAAUCUGUCUGUAAACAAUUGUUGAAAAAAUUACUUGUGUCAUGCACAAAGUAGAUGUCCUAACCGACUUGCCAAAACUAUAGUUUGUUAACAAGAAAUGUGUGGAGUAGUUGAAAAACAGGUUUUAAUGACUCCAACCUAAGUGUAUGUAAACAUCCAACUUCAACUGUAUAUAUAUAUACAGUGGGGAGAACAAGUAUUUGAUACACUGCCGAUUUUGCAGGUUUUCCUACUUACAAAGCAUGUAGAGGUCUGUAAUUUUUAUCAUAGGUACACUUCAACUGUGAGAGACGGAAUCUAAAACAAAAAUCCAGAAAAUCACAUUGUAUGAUUUUUAAGUAAUUCAUUUGCAUUUUAUUGCAUGACAUAAGUAUUUGAUACAUCAGAAAAGCAGAACUUAAUAUUUGGUACAGAAACAUUUGUUUGCAAUUACAGAGAUCAUACGUUUCCUGUAGGUCUUGACCAGGUUUGCAAACACUGCAGCAGGGAUUUUGGCCCACUCCUCCAUACAGACCUUCUCCAGAUCCUUCAGGUUUCUGGGCUGUCGCUGGGCAAUACGGACUUUCAGCUCCCUCCAAAGAUUUUCUAUUGGGUUCAGGUCUGGAGACUGGCUAGGCCACUCCAGGACCUUGAGAUGAUUCUUACGGAGCCACUCCUUAGUUGCCCUGGCUGUGUGUUUCGGGUCAUUGUCAUGCUGGAAGACCCAGCCACGACCCAUCUUCAAUGCUCUUACUAAGGGAAGGAGGUUGUUGGCCAAGAUCUCGCGAUACAUGGCCCCAUCCAUCCUCCCCUCAGUACGGUGCAGUCGUGCUGUCCCCUUUGCAGAAAAGCAUCCCCAAAGAAUGAUGUUUCCACCUCCAUGCUUCACAGUUGGGAUGGUGUUCUUGGGGUUGUACUCAUCCUUCUUCUUCCUCCAAACACGGAGAGUGGAGUUUAGACCAAAAAGCUCUAUUUUUGUCUCAUCAGACCACAUGACCUUCUCCCAUUCCUCCUCUGGAUCAUCCAGAUGGUCAUUGGCAAACUUCAGGCGGGCCUGGACAUGUGCUGGCUUGAGCAGGGGGACCUUGCGUGCACUGCAGGAUUUUAAUCCAUGACGGCGUAGUGUGUUACUAAUGGUUUUCUUUGAGACUGUGGUCCCAGCUCUCUUCAGGUCAUUGACCAGGUCCUGCCGUGUAGUUCUGGGCUGAUCCCUCACCUUCCUCAUGAUCAUUGAUGCCCCAAAAGGUGAGUUCUUGCAUGGAGCCCCAGACUGAGGGUGAUUGACCGUCAUCUUGAACUUCUUCCAUUGUCUAAUAAUUGCGCCAACAGUUGUUGCCUUCUCACCAAGCUGCUUGCCUAUUGUCCUGUAGCCCAUCCCAGCCUUGUGCAGGUCUACAAUUUUAUCCCUGAUGUCCUUACACAGCUCUCUGGUCUUGGCCAUUGUGGAGAGGUUGGAGUCUGUUUGAUUUUGUGUGUGGACAGGUGUCUUUUAUACAGGUAACGAGUUCAAAUAGGUACAGUUAAUACAGGUAAUGAGUGGAGAACAGGAAGGCUUCUUAAAGAAAAACUAACAGGUCUGUGAGAGCUGGAAUUCUUACUGGUUGGUAGGUGAUCAAAUACUUAUGUCAUGCAAUAAAAUGCAAAUUAAUUACUUAAAAAUUAUACUAUGUGAUUUUCUGGAUUUUUAUUUUAGAUUCCGUCUCUCACAGUUGAAGUUUACCUAUGAUAAAAAUUACAGACCUCUACAUGCUUUGUAAGUUGGAAAACCUGCAAAAUCGGCAGUGUAUCAAAUACUUGUUCUCCCCACUGUAUAUAGAGAUGCACUACAUCACCAAAUGUAUGUGGACACCUGCUCGUCGAACAUCUCCUUCUAAAAUCAUGGGCAUGAAUAUGGAGUUGGUCCCCCUUUUGCUGCUAUAACAGCCUCCACUCUCUGGGAAGGCUUUCCACUAGAUGUUGGAACAUUGCUGCGGGGACUUGCUUCCAUUCAGCCACAAGAGCAUUUGUGAGGUCGGGCACUGAUGUUGGGCGAUUAGGCCUGGCUCGCAGUCGGCGUUCCAAUUCAUCCCAAAGGUGUUCGAUGGGAUUGAGGUCAGGGCUCUGUGCAGGCCAGUCAAGUUCUUCCACACCGAUCUCGACAAACCAUUUCUGUAUGGAGCUCGCUUUGUGCACGGGGGCAUUGUCAUGCUGAAACAGGAAAGGGCCUUUCCCAAACUGUUGCAACAAAGUUGGAAGCAAGAAUCGUGUAGAAUGUCAUUGUAUGCUGUAGAAUUAAGAUUUCCCUUCACUGGAACUAACUGGCCUAGCCCGAACCAUAAAAAAGAGCCCCAGACCAUUAUUCCUCCUCCACCAAACUUUACAGUUGGCACUGUGCAUUGGUGCAGGUAGCAUUCUCCUGGCAUCCAUCAAACCUAACGCUUGGCAUUGCGCAUGGUGAUCUUAGGCUUAUGUGCGGCUGCUCGGCCAUGGAAACACAUUUCAUGAAGCUCCCAACGAACAGUUCUUCUGCUGACGUUGCUUCCAGAGACCGUUUGGAACCCGGUAGUGAGUGUUGCAACUGAGGACAGACGAUUUUUACGCGCUUCAGCACUCGGCAGUCCCGUUCUGUGACCUUGUGUGGCCUACCACUUUGCGGCUGAUCCGUUGUUGCUCCUAGACGUUUCCACUUCACAAUAACAGCACUUACAGUUGACCGGGGCAGCUCUAGCAGGGGAGAAAUUGGACGAACUGACCUGUUGGAAAGGUGGCAUCCUAUGACGGUGCCACGUUGAAAGUCACUGAGCUCUUCAGUACGGGCCAUUCUACUGCCAAUGUUUGUCUAUGGGGAUUGCAUGGCUGUGUGCUCGAUUUUAUACACCUGUCAGCAACGGUUGUGGCUGAAACAGCCAAAUCCACUAAUUUGAAGGUGUAUCCACAUACUUUUAUAUAUAUAUAUAUAUAUAUAUAUAUAUAUAUAUAUAUAUAUAUAUAUAUAUAUAUAUAUAUAUAUAAAGUGUAGACAUAAAUGACUACAGUAUACAGUAUAGUGUAGAAAGGGUCUUACAUUGGAUGCAGGUAAUGUAAACUCAUAGGGUUGGUUUCCAGGACACAGUUCUGUACUUCACCUGAUCAAAACAAAUAGAAAGUCUCUGAACAUUUGAGUUUUACAUGCUUUUACAUGCUUGUGUUGUAUGUCUGUAUGUUUAACUCUGUUUGGUCACAAAGCCCUGAGAAGGACAGCUUUGCUGUGGAAACGUUGGUGAAUAAAUAAUUGCAUCAGAUGUGCUAGAGUGUGCAGCUUCACAGGAACUCUGUUUCGUCGUCCCUCACAGGGAUAUGUGUCAGGAGAUCAGCACCAACUGGGGAACUCAGACGUGGCAGGAGUUUGACCAGAUGUGUGAGUACAGCCCUGUGGAGAAGCCCCUGGUCAGCUGUCUGGCCGACGUCAGGGAACCCUGCCAGCUGGGCUGCAAGGACCUGGCCUACUGCACCAACUUCAACAACAGGUAUGUUACUAUACCUAUCUAAUAUACCAGAUAAUAUACCUGUUAUACCUGUUAAUAUACCUUGUGCACCAACUUCAACAACAGGUAUGUUACUAUACCUAUCUAAUAUACCAGAUAAUAUACCUGUUAUACCUGUUAAUAUACCUUGUGCACCAACUUCAACAACAGGUAUGUUACUAUACCUACUAUCAUUGGCGGACUUUGCUAUGUUUCAGGGUUUUCAAUUGAAAUGGGCCCCAACUGCCCAAGGGGCCGCCACUGACUGUCACUGUACUAGUUUACAUUUUGGUCAUUUAGCAGACGCUUUUAUCCAGAGGCUAGCGCACGCUCUUACCCAGCAUGUAUUAUUACCGUUAUAUAAUAACAUUAUAUGUCAAUAUGUGCAGAUUGAUUUUAUGCAUACAUUUUAGCAUGUGAUCCCAGCAGGAAAUGACCCCACAACCUUUGAAUUGUGAGUGCUACGCUCUUACGAACUGAAUCACACAGGGCCACACUGUACCACACUGUACCAGACCUUGAAUAGUUCUGGUACCUACUAUACCGACUAACUCAAUAUCCAACUUUCACAACAACUGCGUACAUCCAAAAGGAGUCUGUAGUGUUCUGUUGCAUCGCUGUACCUUUUUGUUACAUAUCCACGUUCAACACAACGUGCUGUACUGUAUCAAAGAUCCAAACCAAACCGGGACAAUGAGUGUGAGAAAACGAGAAACAUUCUGAGUGAGUCAUCUGUAACUCACUAAUGUCCUAACGGUCAACUGGCAUCCUGCAAACCCGUGUCCUCCAUCACUCCAAGCUUUGGGCCGGUAUGACGCACCGCACGCUAGGCUAAUAUGAUUUAUUAGUUCUGGAGUGUCCCACGGAGGUCAGGGGAGAAGGAAGACAGGCGUGGGUAGGGAGGGAGGUAGUGAGUCCACCCCACCCUUCUCCCUAGCCCAGUGGUUAGUGGGUUACUGGCUUUCACGGCCCCUCCCUCGUACACAUACAUAACCCUAUGGGCACCUCCCUCCAAACCCAAACUGGAACCAACAGCCUCGUAACCGUAUUAAAUAUAUUCUAUAGUUAACUGUUUGAGCGUUGGUUGUGAAAUGAAGUGUUUAGUCGAUCCCAUGCUAGUGAUCAUGGCUGGAUGGGGCCGAGUGAACAGAAGACCCCUGGGGUCUGUUCAGACAGUCUAUUCACUAGUUGUUGAUGAUGACCUUGGUCUACACUCUUAGAAAAAAGGCUUCCAAAAGGGUUCUUCGGCUGUCCCCAUAGGAGAAUCCUUUUUGGUUCCAGGUAGAACUCUUUUGGGUUCCAUGUAAAAACCCUCUGGGGAAAGGGUUCUACAUGGAACCCAAAAGGGUUCUACCUGGAACCAAAAAGCGUUCUACCUGGAAUCAAAAAGGGUUCUUCAAAGGGUUCUCCUUUGGUAACAGCCAAAUAAUCCUUUCAGGUUCUAGAUAGCACCUUUUCUUCUAAGAGUGUACAAUAGGCCGUGUGUGUGGACGUGUUUAACCAUUCUUGUGGGGACCAGAAGUCCCCACAAAAAUAGUAAACAAACAACAAUUUGACCAACUGGGGACAUUUUGUUAGUCCCCACAAGGUCAAAUGCUAUUUCUAUGGGGUUUAGGGUUAAGGUUAGAAUUACGUUAAGGGUUAGGGUUAGGAACUAGGGUUAGUUUUAGGGUUAGGAGCUAGGGUUAGGUUUAGGGUUAGGGUUAGGAGCUAGGGUUAUGUUUAGGUUUAGGGUUAAGGUUUUUAGGUUAAUGUUAGGGUAAGAGUACGGGUUAGGGGUUAGGGUUAGGGGUUAGGGAAAAUAGGAUUUUGACUGGGACUGAAUUGUAUGUCCCCACAAGGUUAGCUGUACAAGACUGUGUGUGUGUGUGUGUAUACAUGUGUGUGUGUGCCAUUAUACUGUAGUUUAUGGUGUUUGUACUUGACCUUGGAAGCCAGACGUGUCACAGUUUGCUGCAUCCUGGCCUGGCAUGGGGCCAGCAGGCCCUGCUUGACGCCAUCAAAGCCCGGCCGGUGAACCCACACAAACACACACAGUUCAACAGAACGCUUCCCGCCUGUGGACUCAUCCCCAUCAAUCACCAUUCCACCACCAGCCACCAGACAUUAGCUUUGUCAAGUUUCAAAAGCGUUGAUUUUCCAGGCUGUAGUCAGAGACAGAGAAAAGAUCUGAUUGGACACUAGGGGAUCUGAAGGACGUUACAUCAUCAUGGGCUACAGACUCAAACUUAAUCUCAUCUCUUUGACCUCUUUAUGACCUCUAUGAUCUCUUUAUGACCUCUCUAUGUUCUCUCUUUUGACUUCUUUAUGAUCUCUCCUUUACCUCUCUAUGAUCUCUCUUUGACCUCUAUGUCUAUGAUAUAUUUCUGUAUAUUUGUCUGUUGACUGUAAGGUAUAAUUUUGUUCAGCACAGUAAUGAUGAUAACCAUAAUGUCAAGAUUAUCAGAAAACAUAUAGUAUUUAUUUUUGAAUUGCAGUUCAGCAGUAAAAGCCAAAGUUCAAUCAAACCAAAAAAACAGUCCCUGAAACUUCUCAUGCUAGGCCCUUGUAGAGAAUAUUUGGAAACAAUCCCAAGUAUAACAUGUAUUAUGUUCAUUGCAGAAGGUUGAUGAUGGCACCGCUGUGGGAUUUAGAGUUCAGACAAACAAACAUUGGCUCUCAUUUCCUUUGAAGGAGUCCCAGGGUCCAGCGUAG